AUGUUCUACACCUGUGGGCCUAAUGAAGCGAUGGUGGUGUCAGGCUUCUGUCGCUCACCUCCGUUGAUGAUUGCCGGAGGCCGGGUUUUCGUCAUCCCCUGCAUUCAGCAGUUGCAGAGGAUCUCACUGAACACCCUGACUCUGAACGUGAAGAGCGACAAAGUAUACACCCGCCAUGGCGUGCCAAUCUCCGUCACGGGCAUCGCACAGAUGAAGAUUCAGGGUCAGAACAAGCAGAUGCUGGCAGCCGCCUGCCAGAUGUUCAUGGGGAAGUCCGAGGCAGAGAUAGCGCACAUCGCUUUGGAGACACUGGAGGGACACCAGAGAGCCAUCAUUGCACACCUCACUGUUGAGGAGAUCUACAAGGACCGCAAGAAGUUCUCCGAGCAGGUUUUCAAAGUGGCGUCCUCUGACCUGCUCAACAUGGGCAUCAGCGUGGUCAGCUACACGCUCAAAGACGUGCACGACGACCAGGAUUAUCUGCACUCCUUGGGGAAGGCUCGCACGGCACAGGUGCAAAAAGACGCUCGUAUCGGCGAGGCACUCAACAAAAGAGACGCUGUCAUGAGGGAGGCGCACGCCAUGCAGGAAAAGGUGUCGGCCCAGUACAAGAACGAGAUCGACAUGGCCAAGGCGCAGCGCGACUACGAGCUAAAGAAGGCGGCGUACGACGUGCAGGUGAACACCAAGAAAGCCGAGUCGGAGAUGGCCUACCAGCUGCAGGUGGCCAAGACCAAGCAGCGCAUCGAGGAGGAGCGCAUGCAGGUGCAGGUGGUGGAGCGUACCCAGCAGAUCACGCUCCAGGAGCAGGAGAUCACACGCAUGGAGAAGGAGCUUGAGGCUAAGGUCAAGAAACCCGCCGAGGCCGAGAAGUACCGCCUGGAGAAGCUGGCUGAGGCCCAACGUCUCAAGCUGAUCAUGGAGGCUGAAGCCGAAGCAGAGUCCAUCAGGAUUAAAGGCGAAGCAGAGGCGUUCGCUGUGGAGGCCAAGGGACGCGCCGAGGCAGAACAAAUGGCAAAGAAAGCUGAGGCCUUCCAGCAGUAUGGUGACGGCGCCAUGGUGGACAUGUUGCUUGAAAAGCUUCCACUGAUGGCGGAAGAGAUCAGCAAGCCUCUCUGCCAAGCCCACAAAGUGACCAUGGUGUCCAGUGGCGGCGAGGUGGGGGCCGCCAAACUCUCUGGUGAAGUUCUGGACAUCAUGACCCGCCUCCCCGACACACUGGAGAAGCUGACUGGAGUCAACAUUGCGCAGUCUUCCCGCUCUGUCUAUGUGCUGAAACCUGAUAUCACAUUGUCUGGCGACUUCUAG